GAUAUUUGUCGCUCCCCUCUCUCUCUCUCUCUCUCUCUUCCGCAGGCUGAAGCCGCUCGCUCUCGCUCUCGCUGGCUUUUUUCUAAAUCAUCAUCAUCUCGCCGUCGCCGCCGUCGCCGUCGUCAUCAUUAUCCUCCACGCACUGCGAGAGAAGAUGGCGUCCGCACGCGCCCACCAAAUGUGAUCCCGUUGCAAAUCUCUCUCGAGCAUCGCCGCGACGAUCCCCCGACGAAUCCCGGGUCGCUCGUCUUCGAGGAAGAGGAGGUAGGCGGAGGAAGGAAGGAAGGAAGGGAGGGAGGAAGGAAGCGAGGAAGGAGGAGGAGAACAUGCAAGAUAUCCACUCGAUCCCAGGGGGGCGGAUAUUCGGAGCCGCUGCCGCCGCCUCGUCCGCCGUCGGGGACCGGAGGCUGCGGCCGCACGGUCACCACGGCCACCACCACCAGCACGGCCACCACCCGAACCACCAGGCGCUGAAGUGCCCGCGCUGCGACUCGCUCAACACCAAGUUCUGCUACUACAACAACUACAACCUCUCCCAGCCGCGCCACUUCUGCAAGAGCUGCCGGAGGUACUGGACCAAGGGCGGCGUCCUCCGCAACGUCCCCGUCGGUGGCGGCUGCCGGAAGUCCAAGCGCUCCUCCAAGCCCAAGUCCUCGCCCGCCGCCGCUGCUGCGCCGGCGGAUCCCCCGCCGGCUGCUGCGGCCGCGGCGGCGGAGGAUCCGCCGAAGGAGCCGAAGACGAGCUCCCACUCCAGCAGCGAGAGUUCGAGCCUCACCGCGACGACCACCGCCGUCGCGACCGAAGCGGUCUCCGCGCCGUCUUCGGCGUCGCACCAGUCGAGCUUGCUGAACAUCAGCGAUUACAAGUCGAUGAUGUCUCAGGGCAUGAACGCGAACCCCAGCGACGCCGGCUACGAGCAUCCGGGCUCCGCGGAGGGCGGGCUCGGGCUGUUCUCCGACAUCGGGAGCUUCACGAGUCUGAUCACUUCCUCGAGCGACGGCCCUCUAUCCUACGGGUUCAGCGCCGUGAUGGCGCAGCAGAAUCAGGACCACCAGGCUCAGCAGAACCAGUGGCACCAAAUCGCCGCCGGCGCCGGCGCCGGCCCCGGCGACGAGAUGAAGAUGCCGGAGCUGGGCGGCGGCGGCGGGUUCCUCGACCAGAACGUGCUCGUGGACCUGCCCACCUCGACGUCGCAGGGGAACAGACCGGGCGGCGGCGGCGGCGGCGGCGGCGGCGGAGGUUUCGGGGCGUUGGACUGGCAGCCGGGCGCCGAUCAGGGGCUGUUCGAUCUCCCCAACGCCGUCGAUCAUGCUUACUGGAGUCAAAGUCAAUGGAGUACGGACGGAGACCAAGACCCGACGGGCCUGUACCUCCCGUAAAAUCUCUCUCUCUCUCUCACUCACUGCCUUUACUCCCGAAAAGGCGGACGGAAAAAAAAAGGAAAAGGCCUUGGGAAGAAAAAAAGAUAUAACAAAAUAAACCGAAAAAAGAAGAAGAUGGGAAAAGAGAAGGAGAACGUUAUAUCGACUUAUAUUUUUGCAGUAAUGACUUUUUGUAAAUUUUUUGCUUGCGAGUUUCUCGGGCCUUUUUCUUUUUUUUUUGGGAUGCGAAUUUUUUUCUUUAAGGGUUUUAAUUCUUAAGUCUCGCAUGGGUUUGUUCUUGAUGUUCAUGUGCGGUGCAGCUACGAGCUCUAACCUUUUCCCUGCCCAUUCCUCCGGUUUGCAUUUUCCCUUUUAAUUUCUCCUGUGCUUUUGAUUUUUGGGGGGGUUUUUUUUCUCCAUGUAAGAAAACCAAAUUAUUGGUGGCGAUAAUAGACGGGAUUAUAGA